GGCGGCUGCGGCGUAGACGGCCGCCGCUUUUGCAAGUUGGUAGUGAACUUGACGUUUCGUUUGAUAAAGCCUUGCCCUCCGCCGGAGUGUUAGUUGGUCAUCUCCUCGUCGUUCUUGCUUGCGCUCCCGCAUUUGGAUUGGAUCCCGUAUACUGGGCACCGGAAAGGGGGAGAACGACGGCGAUUGGGGAUUCUCGCUCGCCCAUUUCGACUUGUAUGGGUGCGUGUGUGUCUAUCUCGGGUUUCCUCGGUUUGUGCAGUGAGAGUGACGGAAAAAAGGCACAAUUAAGAACGAGUGUAAGUGGCCUAAAGACCUAUAUUCGAGUGAAGUUUUGAUUAUUCCCGAAAUUUUCGGUGUAAAUAAGUCCGGGCAUCUCGCGCUCCCUGCUCGAGGGGAUAGUGAAAGUGACGUCAAAUCUGGGAGCGUCCGAUGAUUGAUCGGUCGACGAAAAAUGGAAGCGAUAUUGGGCGAUUUCGAUAAUCGACGGUGUUCUGGAAUACGUUGAAUUUCCUUCUUUUGCAACAUUUUUGCAGGUUUGGAAUUAGAAAAAAAGAAUACAGACACACAGCGCGCUGUAGGAAAACCAGAAAGGGGCUAUCCAGUGCAGCUGUGUAAGUGCUCGUGUUUUUUUUCCUUUCGAGAGAAGAAUACUGACGGCAGUAAGAAUGAAAUUCGCGAUUAUUAUUGCGAAUUUGUAGAAUCGUUGCCGUGGUGUGUGUACGCGAAUUUUCAAUUCGCAAUUUUUGCCUUUCCUCUAUGCGCUCGUGUAUUCUGGGGCCGGGAAUCGCGUAACAGUACCAUAGUGAGACCUAAUCGGGAAAUUUUUGCUAGAGUUUACACGCCUUGUGGAGAAGAAAAUUUCACUCAGUGUGACCGUGACAUCUAGUGUUUUUUGUUGAAGGCGCCACUUGGCCCCAUAAUCGUGCAUCAGUGUGUUAGUGCGUGUGCAUGUGCAGCGGCGAUGCCCCAGAACAGGCGGCUGUGACCUAGCAGCAUUUCGACGGCAAUGGGCGUCCAGUGCACUCCACCCUAAACCACCCCCUCGGAGGCCUAUCUCUAAGGAAGCAGAUCCUCAAAGGCUGCCGCCCCCUUCUUUGAUCUCUCAAAAAGCUGCGUGCAAUUUUCAGCUACCUUUCUAUAGCCGUUCUCUAUGUGCAGCAGCUGCACUUGUGCUCUUUCUUCGACCUUGAACUAUAUACUUGUACUCUGGAAUCCAAACGUCCCGUGCAACUCUCUUCCUGUUGCAUCCAGGAAGCAAACCGGAUUGCAGCAGCACACUAGUGCAUAAUUUUUUCCUGCGACCCGUUUCUGCAUGUGCGACCUACAAUACAAUUGUGAAAUCCCGGUCUGUGCAAGUGUGUUUGCGUCCUGCUUUACUGUGGGUUUUGGUCAUCCCAUCUGGGUUAUUGCCAUCCCGGAAGAAGUGUGUUCUAAACCCGUUACCUGCAACGCCUCCAACGCCUGGUUCCCGGAUUUUGGAACCACCCCCAUAAUCCAGAGCGUGUGGCUGGCUGGGCCAGGGCGAAUCUCUCCAGUGUGCACCACCAGAUAAGUACUGCUACCUGAUGCAAUCGGGCUGACAAAGUAUCGGCCCCGCGUUCUCGAAUCGUCUCAGUACAAAGUUACAAAGUGUUCAAUCGAAAUAUAAGUAUCCCCUGAAGUAUAGUGAAGUGUGUGAAAAGUUACCCCCAAAUCUCACUUAAUUGAAAAGUGUUCAAUACCCCCUGUAGAAAAAAGUUAGUUAUACAUAGUUCAGAGUGAAUUCGGCGAGAAUCGAUUCAAUAUGCACCACGAAGAAGCAUCGCCGACGGCCAGUUCCUCGACGGCCCCAAGCAACAAAUCGACCACCAUCGGCUAUGUCAAUAAAAUUAAUUGCGUGAAUAUAAGUGGGGGUGGCAACAAUUCUCUUGGGGUCGGGGGUGCCCAUAUAAACGGUAAUCUCCUUAUUACAACUUCAUCCUCUCUGGCGGAUGUCGUUUCCCAAUCUGUGUACGAGCUGAUCCAACAACAUCAGCCGCCGCAGCUGCACCAUCACCAGCAGUUGCAGCCGCAAGUUCUACCAAACCACACCACCAAAUUAAUCAUCACAAACAAUAACAACAGUGGCAGCAGCAGUUCCUUAAUAACAACUACAUCCGGUACUAGUCCCGCGGCGGCAACAACCAUCCGCCCAAUUCAACAUCACACUAUGCAGCAGCAGCAACAACACCACCACAUCACAUCCCAAACUCCAACCAUUUCCACCAAUAAACAGAUCCAUCCCUGUUCUUCCACCACAACCACCACAACAACACUCCUCAUCGGAAAUCCCGACAACUCUCCCUUUUCCUCCAACGAUCUACACCUAUCCAACCUUGAUGAUCCCAACGACCCAACGGACGAUUCCGUCCCGGCCGGGCUCCUGAACAUCGAUACCGUUGCGGCUGCUGCUGCCCUCAUCGAUCUCCAUCCGACGUCGUCCUCUUCGACAACGGCGACUACCCAUCAUCCGGAUCAACUGGCCAUCGGAGGAACGGAUCAACCUGGAUCAUCGUCAUCUGCCGUCGUUGGUCUGCACGAUCCGAUCGAGAUCAAGAUUCCCGAGGAGGAACCGUACCCCGCGGAGGAAGGUUCCGAUGGUGGCUACCACGACAACAUCACCCAAACGCAGUCCAAUUAUCUCGCGAUCCCCCCGACAGAACUGUGCCCGGUGUGCGGUGACAAAGUUUCAGGCUACCACUACGGACUGCUGACGUGCGAGUCGUGCAAGGGCUUCUUCAAGCGUACGGUCCAGAACAAGAAGGUCUACACCUGCGUGGCGGAGCGGCAGUGCCACAUCGACAAGACCCAGCGGAAGCGGUGCCCCUACUGUCGGUUCCAGAAGUGCCUCGAGGUCGGCAUGAAGCUAGAAGCUGUUCGAGCCGACCGGAUGCGCGGCGGUCGGAACAAGUUCGGCCCAAUGUACAAGCGGGAUCGGGCGCGAAAGCUUCAAAUCAUGCGACAACGACAGUUGGCACUUCAGGCGCUGCGAGGGUCCAUCGGUGGCGGCGUCGGCAUCGGACAACUGGGCACUGACGCCACCUCGCCCGCCGGCCUGCAGGGCAUCGACUACCACCAGCCGUACUCCAACAUGCACAUCAAGCAGGAAAUCCAAAUACCGCAGGUGUCCUCGUUGACGUCUUCGCCCGACAGCUCACCUAGUCCGAUUGCCAUCGCGUUGGGGCAAGUCAACCCGCAGACGACGAUAUCGCUGAGCAGCGGCGUGGGAGGAAACGGAAGCAGCGGCGGCGGAGGAGGAGGCGGAAGCAACAGUUCCGGUGCUGGCACCGGUAGUUCCAACUCAUCGUCCACGGCUAUCCAGAACCAACUGUCGGAAUCGAAACUAUGGAUGAGCGCAAACUCGACGACAGCCUCGCCCCACUCGCUAAGUCCCAAAACGUUCAGCUUCGACAGUGGAACUAAUCCUACCAGCACCGCGGACUCCGACAACCCAGCGAACACUUUAAGGGUAUCGCCGAUGAUCAGGGACUUUGUCCAAUCGAUUGACGACCGGGAGUGGCAGACGUCCCUCUUCUCGCUGCUCCAGAGCCAGUCCUACAAUCAGUGCGAGGUCGAUCUGUUCGAGCUGAUGUGCAAAGUAUUAGACCAAAAUCUGUUCAGCCAGGUGGACUGGGCGCGGAACACCAUCUUCUUCAAGGAUCUGAAGGUGGACGACCAGAUGAAGCUGCUGCAGAACAGCUGGUCCGAUAUGCUGGUGCUGGAUCACAUCCACCAGCGGUUACACAACGGCCUCCCGGACGACACGACCCUGCACAACGGGCAGAAGUUUGAUCUCUUAGGUUUAGGGCUGCUGGGCGUCCCAAGUCUGGCCGACCGGUUCAACGAGCUGCAGAACAAGCUGCAGGAGCUCAAGUUCGACGUCGGCGACUACAUCUGUAUGAAGUUCCUGCUUCUGCUGAACCCCGGCAAGGGCGAACAAGACGUCCGGGGGAUUACGAACCGGAAAACGGUGGUGGAAGGCUAUGAAAAUGUGCAAGCUGCGCUGCUGGAUUACACCCUCACCUGCUAUCCGUCGGUGCCUGAUAAGUUUAGUAAGUUGCUCAGUAUUAUUCCGGAGAUCCACGCAAUGGCAGCUCGAGGCGAGGAACACCUGUACAUAAAGCACUGCGCCGGAAGUGCCCCCUCUCAGACGCUACUGAUGGAGAUGCUGCACGCGAAGCGGAAAUAAACCUAGUUUUAGGAUCGUCGUUAAGAGAAAAAUUAAGAAAAAAAAGGAUAAACAUCAACAAAAAAAAACAAAUUCAGCAACAAACUUGUGUCCAUGAAGACCGGCCACCGUGAUAUCGUGUUCAAAAUGAUGAAUGAGAGAGCGAGCGAGAGUGAGAGCGUGCGAGUACCGGAACGAGAGACCGAAAGAGAGGAAGAGCGCACGCGAGAGAGAAAAUCGAAAAACAAAUAAACAAUAGAAACCGAGAGAGGGAGAGCAACGGCAGUCGUUGACGACUGCGCGCGCGCCGGUUUGUGUGCUAGCCUAGCUAGAGCUAUUAGAAGAUAGGGAAGAAAUGUUUAAACCUUGGCGGAUACGGGAAAGAGUUUCUAUAACAAGUUAAGCAGCAAACAAAAACUAGAAGCAGACACCUUAGAGCAUCUAACUACUACACCAGACAAAUCCUAGCCAUACAGAAACGAAUCCGGAUGCAAAGCAGAGAAAAAUCAAUCCGGACAACAACACUGAACGACCGGGAAAUUGCUUGUUUUUAGAAUUUCUGAGUUUUUGAGUCGUUUCCAUUUCACCAGAGGACGCACGAACGCAACAACACGCAACGUAGUGCGCACUCAUUUGUCUAUAUUUUUGUGAGUUGAUUUGCAUUUUCGGUGUGGCCCAGGCCAGAUGGAAUUUCGGCCCGAAGUUCCUCUGACGGUUGCCUUUGUUGGUUGAAGAUCAGCAACUGUAGCGAAAGAGAACCCUCUUUCCAGCAGCACCGAGCGUCCAUUUUUGUGCAGAGGUUUAAGUACAACAAAAAAGGAUCAAAACACUCGACAGCCACUAUGAAAUGACUAUUCCGUACCACAUUUGCCGAAUCAAAUGUAGGACAUCGUACAACAAAAUCAUAGAAACAACCAGGAUAAUAUUCUACAAUUGCCAUCGCUAGUACGCCGAAUCAGAGUGUACCAGAUUAAGCAGUUGUUUUUUUUAAUACAUUCAAAACGGAAGCUCACCAAUUAUGCUUACGAAAACAUUUACAACUUAUCAGCAAAAGAUAACAACAACAACCAGCAAAUAACAAAAAAAAAAAAACAAACGUCGUUACCAUUUCAUCUCAGCGAUUUAAGGUUUAAUUCUACCGUAUUUACACUACAACAUACUGUGCAACACGCCCGAGUGAGUAAUAUUGCUCUUUAGAAAAGAGAGGUUAAAAUAGGGGAAGAAAGUUCCAAUUCAACCGGAUGCAACAAAUUGUGAAAUAGUUACUAGAUUUAGUUACAGCCAGCAGACGAUCCGCGUAAUCAAAGUUUAACCGAAGAAUCUUACUCAGUGUGCGAAAUCAAACAGAUUAAGAAAAAAAAUUAAUAACCGAUAAAACCAUUCAGAUUCAACAACCACCAAAUUGCUCUAUAGACAUUUCAAACAAAAAUCAAGUAUAUUCAGCAAAACUUUCAAACAUUCAUGAGAAAGCUUAAAUAUGUAAGCUACAAUACACGACACAAACAAACAAAACAAAACCAACAAAGGAUCUAAAACUAAGUGUUCAAUAAAUGUUAAACUGUUA